CUCGUUUGCUUCCUUCAUUCUCACAUUUUCUCGAAUUUCCUUCUCUCUCAUCCCAAAUUCCGCUUAUAUUUCCUUAUAAUCCACGCGCAGGUAUCGAUAUAUCGUCGCCAUCUGAGCUAGCUUCACAGCACGGCGGUGAAUUUUGGUGGGGGAGAGAGACGGAAAAUGGAUCCUCCUCCCACCUCCUGGGACUCCUUGCGCAAACAGGCAAGGAAGCUUGAGGCUCAGCUGGAUGAGCAGAUGCAUUUAUAUCGUAAAUUGGUGUCAGCAAAAGUUGAUAAUUCUAAUGAUAAUGGCGUGGAGUCCGGAAUCGGUCAGCUAUUAAAACAGCUUCAACAAGUAAACAUGCAAAUGCAAGCUUGGGUUUCAUCUGGAGGGUCCGAAAUCUUUUCUCAUACGUUGACACGGCAUCAGGAGAUUCUUCAGGAUCUUACCCAGGAGUUUAAUCGACUUAAUUCCAGUCACCGAGCUAAGAAAGAGCAUGCCUCACUGCUUGAGGAUUUUAGGGAGUUCGAUCGUACAAGAUUAGACCUUGAAGAGGGUAAUGGUUCCUACGAACAAUCUCUUAUCAAGGAGCGUGCAUCUCUCCAUAGAAGUACUGGCCAGAUGGAUUCGGUGAUAUCACAAGCACAAGAGACCUUAAAGUCCCUCGUCUUCCAACGUUCCACAUUUGGGGGUAUCAAUUCAAAGCUUAGUAAUGUCAGCAGCCGUCUUCCAACGGUGAAUCACAUACUCUCAGCAAUAAAGAAGAAGAAGUCGAUGGAUACCAUCAUACUUUCGUUAGUUGCAUCCGCCUGCAUGUUUCUAAUUUUAAUUUACUGGUGGACUAAGUAGGUAGUCUUCUCAAGUAUCUUGGUUUAGGGAAUUGUUUGUUUGUACAUACCCUAUUUUGGCUUUGCCACAGGAUUUUGUAGUUCUCCAUGUUUGUAAUGGAAUUAUUUACAAUUUUUUUGCCUCUCACAGCCCCUGAAAUUAUAGAAAGCAAGAUUCAACAUUCAAGCUGGUUACAUGUAUUAUCAAAACUUUACUUUGAACUAUGAGAUUCUACUAAGAGAAGCAUUGUGUUGUUUGUAAGAGAAUUUGGACACCACUGAUUGAUAUGUUAAGUUGGUGGGUUUUUUUUGUCACACUUUUUUAGCUGUUGCACACAAGCAACUGAAC